AUGGCGACAUCAUGGCGUUCCGGUUCGUCUUCCUCAUUCACUUCGUCGGCCUUGAGCGCACAGCCGUCACAUCCGCAACAUGCCAGUCCGGCCGACUCGACCUUCACGCCCACUUCUGCUGCCAUCUCCGCUCUGACGACCGAGUCCUCGGCCCCGCAGACACCCCCGGCGCCGCUUGAUCUCGGACCGCCCGGCUACCACGCGACAAUAAAGCUUUUCGAGCGGACGCCAAAUGAAAUGAUUGUCUACCUCGGGCCCUGGGAGAUUGUAGGUUCCAACCCAAGGCGGCUGCUGUGGCAAUGCAGCUACGCCGGCGAGGUACUGGAACACUUCCUACCGUCCGACAAUCCCGGCGAACUUUUCCCCUACACUCUCCACGCCCAGCAUCGCCGUUUUGGCGAUCCGCGGGAACUAGAGCUGUACUUGUCCUUCCAGGAGCCACAUCGCAUACGGUACACCACGACCAGCGGCACGUUGCACGACGAGUACAUCGAGGUCAAGUACGAGUUCACGACCAUCGAGAGUUCCAUCCAGCUGCAGAGCGACAUCAGGAAAAGGGACCUGAUCGAUUGGUUUGACGUCGACGUCGUCUGGUCCGACGUCCACCGCCGGACUGACUCGUACGGAAACGUCAGGGGUCUGGGGACAAUCCAGAGGAUGAAGCUUUGGCGGGACCGAUACACAACGUUCCAUUACAUCACAUUCUAUGCUAACCACCGGCGGCGCUGGAAGGAGUACCUCGUGGACGGCUUCGAGAGGGAGCUGCGCCAGCGGGACGACAGGCACAAGCGGGUUCAAUUGGGUGUCCGGGGCGCCAGGAGGGGCAGCGCGGCAUCGGAAAGCAGCUCGGGCCGCGGACGGCGGCUUUCGACGUCAAUCUUUUCUCGUUCCUCGAGGCAUGCUAACUCGUCCGUUGCCAAUGGAAAUACGACUUCACCAACGGCCCAGAAUGCACUCGGCAUACGAUAUCUCGGCAUCCAGUUCUCCAGGAACGCCAACGUCCAAGCCGAGACCGAUGAUCACGCCAGAUUCAUCCUCCGGUGGGAGUCUGCGCAUGCAGCGGACUCGCAGUUCAGCGCCACGUUUCCUAUCGAUCGUGUCGAGCUGCCUCUGCCUUACGUGAAUGGAUACCACGAAGGCGCCCGGCCCUCUGUCGACGGAGUUGCCGAGCUGCCCUCGGAGCCCUCCUCGCGUGAACAGUCGGGCCGUUUACGACCGGCUGGCGAGCCGGGGUACGAGCCGGACUCUGAUGAGACCCCAUGAAAAAGAACUCUACCCUUGCUCGGAGCUUCUAAGUUCGGCACAUGCAGCGAAGGGCUUAAAGAAAAUAGGGCCAGUGUUCUGCGGAUUCUUUGCCGAGAUAAAAUAACCCCCCGAUCCCUGCCGGCGCUACCAGCGUACGUUCUUCUAUCGAGGGGCCGGAAAAGUCCAUUGGAUGGUGGUAGAAAAAAUGGGAGAGCUCUCCACGGUAAGGGAUGAGGCGAGUUUUCAGUAGGCAGGCCCCCAUUCUUUCUGGUUGUUAGUCUAUGGUCCAUCAUGUAAGUACGGACGUACAGUACGUAGUUACCUCG